AUGCGGGUCCCGCCGCCGGUUGCGGGGCAGCCCCGGGGCGCGGGGGCGGGGCCCUUCCCCGGGGCACGGCCCUGGCCUGCCCGCUCGGGGGGCGGAGCGGCCGCCGCGGGUGCCGAAGCGGCGGUGGCCGGAAAGCGGCUGUGCCGGGGCCUCGCCGCCGCCGCCCAUGGAGGACCCAACGGCGACGGCGGCGGCGGGGGCGGAACGCCUCGCGGGCCGGGGCGGGUGCGCCCGCGGGCGCCGCUGCUCAUCCCCCUUCGGCUUUUCGGGACGGUGCUGUCGGUGAUGUACGUGGCCGGGUGUGGCCGGUAAUGGUCUUACACGCUGGUGGUGAUGUGCCACUCGGCGCGCUGCGCCGCCCCCAUGUACAGCUCCAUCGUCAGCCUGGCCCUGGCCGACCUGCUCUACCUCUCCACCAUCCCCUUCAUCGUCUGCACCUACCUGGCGCAGGACUGGUACUUCGGGGACCUGGGGUGCCGCAUCCUGCUCAGCCUGGACCUGCUCACCAUGCACGCCAGCAUCUUCACCCUCACGCUCAUGUGCACCGAGCGCUACCUGGCCGUGACCCGGCCCCUGGACACCCUGAAGCGGUCGCGCGGCUAUCGGAAGGUCAGCGGGGCGGUCUGGUCGGUGUCGCUGCUGCUCACUCUGCCCAUGAUGCUGAUGGUCACCCUGACCGAGGGGGGCAAGGCGGAGGGCAAGGUGAAGAGGAUGUGUGCGCCCACCUGGAGCGUGGAUGCCUACAGGACCUACCUGACGGUGCUCUUCAGCACCAGCAUCAUGGCCCCGGGCAUCAUCAUCGGCUUCCUCUACACACGCCUGGCCAGGACCUACCUGGAGUCCCAGAGAAACCCCCCCCACAAGGAGAAGAGCAAGAGGUCCCCCCGGCAGAAGGUCCUCAUCAUGAUUUUCAGCAUCGUGCUGGUCUUCUGGGCCUGCUUCCUGCCCUUUUGGAUCUGGCAGCUGGUGCGGCUCUACAGCAGCUCCCUGCAGCUCACCACCCAAACCCAGAAGUGCAUUAACUACCUGGUGACCUGCCUGACCUACAGCAACAGCUGCAUCAACCCCUUCCUCUACACCCUGCUCACCAAAAACUACCGGGAGUACCUGCGCAACCGGCACCGCAACUUCUACAGGUUCACGUCGUCCUUCCGCAAGCGGGGCUCCAACCUGCAGUGCUCCUGGGGACGGUCCAUGUCCUCCAGCAACCAGUACGACUACAGCUCGGAGGCCCUGGGCAUGGCCACGCUGAAGGACAAGUGA